AUGGACUUCAUCUCAUUUGGUUAUGCAUUGGUGAUUGCUGCAGGAGGCAUUUAUGGAUAUGUCAAAGCAGGCAGUGUGGCUUCACUUGUUUCUGGAUUGUUGUUUGGAGGCCUGUCUGCUUGUGGUGCACUCAUGACAUCUAAUAAUCCGGCUAAUUGCACUCUACUUUUUGGAACAUGUUUAGCUCUGGGUUCAUUGAUGUCCUACCGAACUUUUAAAUCUGGAAAGUUCAUGCCCGCUGGCGUUGUUGCUUCACUAAGGUUGGCUGAAUUUUUAUACGGUCCUCGCUCAGCUUAUUUGAAUUUUUAUUCUUUGGCAAGGGAUUCGCUAGCUAACUGUUCAAUAAAUAAAUGUUUCAAAUAA